AUGACCCCUCCACCUACCCCAGAAGACGACGACUUGGACCGCUGGUCCCUCAAUGUCCAGCAACUCAUCAGAGAAACCGAUGAAGCCUUCAAGGCCGUAGGAACAGCAAUCGAAGAAGCGAAGAUGGCCGUUUCAACUUUCCCGUCACAUAUCGAGACGGGCUCCGGGUCGACAUCACCAACCCCUCCUAACAUAGCGAAGCCUGACUCACCAAGCCUUCCACUGCUGGGUCUACAGUCUCGAAACAGCACCCCAGCGCUGCCUCCUCCAUCGCUGAGCACCUCGGUAUCAUCUGCCUCGAAGCCGAGGAGACAAAAGUCAAAAAAAUCAAAACGGGUCAAGAUGAGAUCGAAGAAGUCUGCCCGGUGGCAGCUGGGAGAAGAUGUAGCCGACAUCCUCACCGGACAAUUCUUCCGUAAAGUAGAAGUUGAUGAACUUCUUACACCGGAUCGUCUUCAUGCACUACGAGUGGAGAGGGAGUCUCAAGGACAGCCACGCCGAUCGAGCGAUACUCUGAGGACUGUAAGCACCGAUGGAAGCGAGACGCCCGUUGAGCCCUUUCACCUACAAGACCUCCUUUCCCGCAUUGGAGCAGCUGGGGCAAAGACCUCCAUCACGCCUUCUGAGGCUAUGACUCCACCCGACCUUCUCGACCCAAGUGUACUACGAGACUUGUCUUUCAAAGAAAAGUCGCCGCGGAGGAAGAAGCCUGUGUCCAAGGAUGAAUACGAAGCUGAGGAUCUGAUGCAGGCUGCUCCUCCUCCACCAGCAAAGAACCCGGCGAGAUUUCUUCCUAGGCCGCAGGUGCCGCUGUUACCGACGAUUCCCGAAGUAGUCGUCACCACGCCCGACGUGGGAGCCCAAUCAGCAAAACACAGCAACAGGCAUGCACGAACAUUCGCACCCGUUGACGAAGACGACUUUGUAUUUUUCCCAUCAACACCAUUCACAUUCAAUCAUUCAGCCUUCAAACACGGCAACAUACGUUUUCCCAAGUCAGAAGUCGUCAAGGGGCUGAAAAUCGACCCCGAUGAUACGCUCGACUGGACGGCCUUCCAGAUGGCUAUCCUCGGCGGCGCGGGCGACCUCUUCUCAGACCCCGCAGAUUUUUUGCAGAGAACAGAGGCCGAAGAGAUUGCCGACCUUACAGCGUGGUUCGAUGGCUUCGGCUUCGACAGCCACGGUCGCCUGCUCACCAGCGACGCCGAUGAGCCGACGAGGCGGCUGCAACAAAGGUCCCGCGCGUCCACCGUGGACUGCUCGCCAAAGGCCUUUGGCAGAGUCUCGCGGGACAGCGACCUGCCCAUUCCUGUGAAGGCUGAGCACCCUACUGGGUUCUGGAACGAGGGUAACGUCAACGUGUCCAAGUUCCUGACGCAAGGGUGCAACAUUCGGCGGUGGACGAUGGAGGGCCAGCAACAGCACCCCAAACGGCAGAACCGGGAGAGCAUCGGAAGCCUGCCGCCUAGUCCGAUGAUGGACCUGGUCAUGAUGAGAGGUUCUGAUGGGGAGCCCGAGGUUGUGCCUAUGGGAUACAAUUUGGGACACGACCUCGGGGAUUUCUUGCGAUGGGAGGCGGAGAAUGUCUAUGCUACGGGCAUUUACUGA